GUCAUACAGACACAAUAGAGCUGCAGUCACCAUGUAUAUAGCAAGUGUUUGUAUUUGAAACUAUUAGAGCAAUAUGUAGUGUCUCUCAAAUUCUGUGAGUGCAAUUUCGAAGCGUUGUUCUGGGGCUAUUAUCAGUGAGCUCUGAUGCCUUUGCACUAACAAGCUAUCUUCGUUAGACAGUAGGAGAGUGGCCGUGCACCGUUAGCUAGCUUUAGCCAGUUUGAUAACAUCAUAGCUGCCUUGCCAGUUUUUACUAUGGAGUUUCCUUUUGACAUAAACCAAUUAUUCUCCGAGAGGAUCUCUGUCUUGGACCAGACCUUGGUUGCAGGCCGCAAAUCUGCAGGAAGGCCAGAUCUUCAAGCUCACAUAGCCACAGUUAUUGAUGAACUUGGGAGGGCCUCAGCAAAGGCCCAACAGCUCACAGCACCUAUAACAAGUGCUUCCAAGCUGCAGACCCAGAAGCAUCAGCUCUAUCUUCUUAAGAAUGGAGAGAGCAGCGGGGGACGUGGUGUGGUUGUGGGAUUUCUGAAGGUUGGCUACAAGAAGUUAUUUUUGCUGGACCGGCAGGGUGUGCACGUAGAGGCAGAACCACUCUGUGUUUUGGAUUUUUACAUAGCAGAGAACCUGCAGCGAAAUGGCUAUGGGCUUGAGCUAUUUAACUUCAUGCUACAGCACAAGAAUUUAGAGCCAGUGCUGAUGGCUUAUGACAGGCCUUCACCUAAAUUCCUGUCUUUCCUGGCAAAGCAUUACUGCCUCACGCAGAGUGUUCCUCAGGUCAAUAACUUUGUGGUUUUUGAAGGCUUCUUCCUCAACAGAGCAGCGGCCCAGUUGAGAAAGGUUCCCCCAAAAAAGCCAGACGGAGAGAUCAAGCCUUACUCUUUAAUGGAGAGAGAAGCUGUUCGCCAGGAGCAGAAGAGUCUUCCUUGGCCGUUUGCUCCUCCCCACUCCCCCCAGCGCUCGGUGGCCUCCCAGUGGUCCAAAUCCCUCAGCGUGGGAUGCUCCCCCAGCAGGGCACCCCCUCGAGUCACUCCAACUUCUUCCCCUGGUUGCAACAGGAACCAGAGCCCACAGUCACCUCUCAGCGACCGCUGCAGAGCAAGACGCACCAGUAGCCAACAGGGUCUAGUUGCGAGAUGCAACUUGUACAGUCGACACAUGGACACCAGAGCUGUUGGACUGCUGCACAGAUGCUCUCCAGCACCAUGUGCCACCUCAGGUCUGAGAGCAGUAGGGGAUCAGUCAUACACAUUGGGAUACAGUAUUCACUCACAACAAAACAGGAACUGGCCUGUCUUGCUUCCACCUCUCUCUACAUCCAAGAAGGACUGCAUAAGCAGCACUACCUCUUUAGACAGGAGAGAAACACACCUGGGCGCAGAUCCUGAAUCCCGUCGUUCUGAAGAGGAGAUGAAGGUUCUGGACAGUUCACAGCUUCCAGCAGGCAACCAGAGACCUCUGUUGUGGGAGAGUGACAGAGUUGAAGACAGGUCAUGGGCUGUGGGGGUGCACUGCUACACUGCCCAGUGGGUGAAGCAGAAGCAGGAAUACAGGAGCACCCGGCCCUGGUGAAUGUGUGACGAUUACAGACUUUAAACAUUAUCAAAAUGUUGAUGCCUAAAAGGCUUUCAGACAUGUUUGAGCCGACUUUUGAGUGUUUGAGAGCCCACGAUGCAACAAUUUCUUUGCGAAGUUUAAGUGCCAAAGUUCAGUUCAGAAAAAAUACACUUCCAGUCUUUCUGGUUUUAGAAAGGCUAUUAUAAUGGCUGCCUUAGUUGGUUUCCCAAACGAGUUCUUCAGCUGUCAACUAGCUCAUCUUUUCUAGUCAACUGCAACUGGAUAAGAUGAACUAAAUGUGGAGCAGUUUUCCGUUGAAGUCAGACUGGCUGCAUCCUUGCUAAUUGAAUAAUUGGCCCAUUAAGUCAGUGGUGUUACUGGCAAGACAGGUCCAGCUAACUCAGGUAGGUUUUUCAUCUUAGUAGCCUUCGCACUGAGCGUUGUUAGGUUCACUUAUUUUGUUGUAUAAAUUCAGGGAAACAUUGCAUAAGACAAAGGUUACUAACGUGAUCUUGGUUGAUGGGAUAAUAGCAUGAUACACUUUCAGUUUAUCACAUUUGGGUUGUUGCAUUUUUUAGCAAAUAUUUAAAAAGAGUGAUACAGUAGCCUACUCUUAAUUUUCCAUUUCUGUUUUGCACAUGUGUAACAGCUACAUGCAGCCACAGACUGUAACAUAACGACAUGAUGUACAGACCGGUUACUUGCUUCAAUGUACCCUGGCAUUGAUUUUCCAAGUCUCUGGAAAGAUGGAUCUGUAUCAGUCUUCCAAAAGAUUUGAUGGUUAUGGAGUUGAGUGUGUAACACAUCAAUCCAAAUUCUCCCCUGUUUGACCGGGUUCAGAUGUGGUGACAGGGUAGAUAGUACAUCAGACCAUGUGUACUUAUGAGAUUCCCUCAGGGUAAUGUGUGUCAGGCAGUAUUUAAAAUGAUAACUCAUAACCCAUGUUGGUGUUUUUCAGAUCUUGCAAGUAAGAAAAUAAAUCCUUAAACAUGCAAACACAGUCUGUAGACUGCUCUGGGUGCUAAUGGUACAGGUCAUCCACAAGUGCAAAGCACAGAAAUAGACAAUUAGUCAUUUUUAAUAUUUGUUCAAAAAUCAAACAAUUAAAAAAGAACAGAAACGGUGUAUUUGUGGAGAAAUCAAGCAAAACAUUUUGAUUUAUUUUGGACUUAAAGAAGUCUCCCAUGGACAGAGCUUCCUGCAACUUUCCACUAACCGGAGUUUCAUUAAAUAAUGGAAAUGUUUGUGAGACAAAACAUAUAUUUUUAGGUUUUUCAGACAGAACUGAAAACAAAUUGGGUAGAAAGUUUACACAUUUUUGCUGUAAUGUAAACUUUAGUUAGAAUGGUCCAUAAAGCCAAAAUACACCACGAUAUAUCCUUAUUUUGUCAUUUUUACACUUCCAUGAACUUUAGUAUUCCAACAGUCAGAAUGGGCUUAAACCCUAAUGCCAAAACCUGUUACCUGGGUUUAACUGAACUUAUAACUUCUCUGUUUGAUUGUUUUUUGUUGUUUUGUUUUAGUUGAGUCAGUCUGCUUUGGAGGUCCUACGUAAAAGAAGCAGAAUCUGGGAUUUAUAUGUCACUUAGUCUUUUCUGAAUAAAUUAAGCCAAAUGAGAAAAAGCUAGAAUUCAUAUUAUACAUUGUGUUUGAACAAUGCUUCCAAACCCGGGGUGGAGGCGCAGUAUGAUCAUUCAUACAGUAUCAGCAGAUGGAAGACACAGAAUUACUGGAAUGUACACAGUGGAAACUGCCAGAGGAAGACAAGGCGGGAAUGUUAACAGGACUGUUUUCUUUUUAAACACAAUUCCCCACUGGUCCCAUGAAUUCCUGGAUUUGUUUGAGGUACUUUUUUAGAUGAACCAUCCUCAAAAUCCAGAGGGAGAGGGCCAUUUUUUACCUUGUUACUUAAGGAAGAUCAUUAAAGCUAAGAGGCCCCUGGCAUUGAUUCACAUUAGUGCUGCUAUUUCACUGGCACUGACGACUUCAUGUCACAGAAUUCACAGAAACAUCCUUUCUAUGCUGUACAAUAUAAAAAAAAAAACUUAUUAAUUGGCACCUGUAAACACUAAAAGUAAACUGAAUGUAGUUAUUCUGCUCGAUGGAUCAGCGUCUCUCUGGUCAGCAAUUUGUUUAACAGCGACGUCCACUGCAGCUGCAAGGAAUAAACCCAGGUAACUACAAUCGGAUAUAUGACUUUUGGGACACAAUAAUCCCAAGAGAUUUCACCUGCAUCUCAUAGUCAUUACGAUCACCAUAAUUACCCUCCAUUGGAUACCUUGGAUCACCCAGAAGAAGCUGGACUGGGUGUUUUCACACCAACAGUGUAUUCUGUUUAAAUCGAACCCUGCUUCAUGUCCUCCUUUGUGCAGUUCGUUUAUGCAGAUGUGAGCACGGUGAUCGCAAAACAACUGAACUCCAGAGCGUUUCUUUUACAGGUGUAAGUUUGAGCUAAAAGCCUUCUGCUGGCUGCACAUGCUUUGCAGAGUACACCACCAGGAGUACAGCCUAGCUGUAAAAUUUAUGUAUUUUAUCCAUGUUGUCCACUUGGUCAAAACCCACAACCUAAUGUUACUUUUGUUGCUCCUCUCCCAGACACAUCUGACCAAUAAGCGGACUAAACAUUCUCACAUAGUUUAUGGCGACACAAUGCAGCUCGUUCUCACCAACUAAUUCAGGGCAGAAUAAACGAACUAACACAUGAAAAGGGCCUUAAAUUAAAUCAACAAAAUUUGAAAAACAUGGCAACCCGAUCAACUCAACGUAAAGGAUUAGAAAAUGAUUUUAACCCAGAAGGCGUCACGGCUAGAUGAUGAUCUUGGUAUAAAAAUGCAGUCAGCAAACAGUUUUUGCAGACUGUGUGCAGCAUCACAGCACCUAUAUCCCAUGAUACUGAUGAGUAGUGUUGGUUAUAAAGACUGUUCUGAUAAACAAAAAUCAGAUUCCCUUUGGAGCGGGUGUAACGCUGAGUUGUUUGCAGAGCUUAAAUAGUUUUUCAGACUUUUUUGUAUAUCUCGUGUAUUCGCUACGAGGACUCAAAAAUGUGAUUUAAAAAACACAAUAUUUCGACCCUCUUGCACUGCACACUAAGGCACAGGCUUAUGAACUACUGGCUUUGUUUGUGUCUUAUAGACAAUGUGUGGGGACACUUUGCUUGAAUGGCUGCAGCCACUACAGUAACAUAAAACUGACUGGAACUGUUAAAUACCAAUUACUUCAUAACUGGGUUGAUGCUGUUCUCCUCACCUCUUUAAUGUGCUUGGUGUGCAGAGGAUAGUAGAAAAUAUAUUUGUUCUGUCCAGCUAAAUACAAGUUAAAGAAAUGUUCCAGCACACCAGAACAAACUGUGAGAGGAAGGUGGAGGAAACCUAAAACAUGCAAACUCAAUACAGAAACCUCAACUGGGAUUCAAACUAAGAACCUCUUUGCUACAAGGCAGGAAUAGGAGGAAUACAAAGAACAUUAAAGACUAAAGCAACUCAAAUUUCCUAAAGGCAUGAAGCUAUUUAAGUCACCAGUCAGUUUAUUCAGGUUUCUCCCCGUUGCUUUCUGAAUAUCUCACACUCUGACCUUUCAAGCAAAGAGCUCAUUGUUGCUGAACUUGUUUUUCCCCUUUCAUGCAGCAGAGGAAACUCUGAGAGUGAGAUCUGCUCUCAGCGAAAUGUUUGCCUUAUGUGUGGAGGUUUUCUGUUAGAGCCAAAUGUAGCUGCUUCUUAAAAACUAGUAACAAGUGGUAAAGUUACAAUCUUGGACUCAAAAAUUGUGUUGGUACAGUAUAUUAGUAUAUACACUUACUGGCCACUUUGUAUAGCUUGCUGGUAUCAGGAUGAUUGUUCUGAAGGAUGAAGCCUUCAGAACUGUCUUACUUCUCCAUGGUACAGGGGGCUGAAUAAUAAUAAGAUCGUUAACUGUCUUGAUAAGUUUAUCAAGAUUCUUUCCAUUUGGAAUAAUAUGAAACUAAAGUAAAAUGCUGUUUUCAGAUUUUAGAGAGGUCUCCUCUUAAAUUUUGUGAUUUUUUUUAACAAGUUAAAAUGUCUCACUUGUUGGUGAUGCCAUCGGUGUAAAAAGACAACCUCACUGUAGCGGUUCAAGUUUAGCACUUCAUUAUUUUGUAUGACGGACAGAAGCUCGCUGGCCGUUUCCAACUGUUUUCAGUC